CUGUCAAAAUACACAGCGAAUAGAAGAGGAGACAAUCGAAAAAGUCAUCAAAUAGAGAAAACAAAUUAGCUGCUGAAAAAAUUGUUGCAACUACACAGCGCAAUUAUUGGCAUCGUAAAAAUAGAAGAACCCUGCUAAAAUUAUACUUACGUAAGUCUGUGAAUUGAAAGCGUUCGAGAUAAAAUAAGAAAUUGCUUAAAACGCAAUGGCUCAGAACAUCAGUCCAGAGCACAGCGGCGUAGACACGGCCAAACAAGGUUCCAACUCCUGUGCAGCAAAGCAUGGUCAUGCAGUUAGUAAACGUCUUCAAAAGGAGCUAAUGAACCUUAUGAUGACCACGGAAAAGGGUAUUUCAGCAUUUCCCGAUGGCGAAAAUAUAUUUAAGUGGAUUGGUACAAUAUCUGGUCCCGCCAACACUGUGUAUAUGGGUCAAAAAUAUCGUCUUUCACUAGAGUUUCCAAAUUCCUAUCCAUACGCACCACCAGCAGUAAAAUUUCUCACAUCAUGUUUCCAUCCGAAUGUUGAUCUAGCUGGCAGCAUAUGUUUGGAUAUAUUGAAAGAUAAGUGGUCUGCACUAUAUGAUGUACGCACAAUCCUGCUAUCCAUUCAGUCACUAUUGGGCGAGCCUAAUAAUGACAGUCCGCUUAACGCCCAGGCGGCAAUGAUGUGGGCGGAUCAAGUUGAGUACAAAAAAUACCUGGAUGCCUUCUACGAAAAACACAAGGACACAUAAAUUCUUAGAUCUUUAAAUGAUGGAGAGCAUUGCGAUAGACACUUUGAUUGAGAAUAACAACUUACAUAUGUAUUGUACCUAACUGUCGGGUAGUGGUGUUCUCGUAAGGAUGGCUAAUGUCAACGAAAGAGUCUUCGCUGUGCCGCUCGCACAACACAUUCAUACAUUUAGUAGUACACUACCAGUCUCUGCAUUACUAUGAAAUCCAUCUAUAAUCGACUUUAUUUUGUAGUUCAAAAAGUUUCUAAGAUUUGUUGUCAGUUCACUACCGACGCUGCCACCGUGAGCCUGAGAGCAAACACAAACAAGUAACGUCGCUUACUAAGAGAUAUGCGCUAUUUAUAAGAACAUUUUAAGUAGGUUUAAUUCAAUUUUUUUAACACUGCUUUCAUGUAAUUAUUUUGCUAUUAUUUAGUAUUUAAAAGUUUGUUCAUAUCUUAUACAUGGUACAAUCCCAUUUACACAAUGAUUCUGAUUUAGAUAUAUUUAUGUAAAAACAAUGAUGCGGCAGUUCAACAGCGUAACAGUCAAAUAGAUAAAUAAAUGUUUAUUUGUUAAUUA